UUAUAGCUCUGACUGUCAGUGAGGAUCAUGCUGCCGGGGCUGGGAUGGUGAGAGCACACCUGGGGAGCUCUGGGAUAUUACAUCACUUCUAUGCAGCAGGAGAGCCUUACAGCUGGAUCCAUGGAGCGGAGAUUAUUGAUCCUGUUCUGGACUCUCUUCACAUUUAAUACAGGCUUUGUCCUCACCCCGUUGCCGCAGCUUGCAGCCACUAAACUGAACCUAAAGGAAGCAGCAGCGAAAAAAGGCAGCCGUGCGGAGAAAGUGACGGCAGCCACCUCAGCGAACCCUGGGUUACCCCUCUCUUUGGGCACAGCUUCCCCGGGACCCCAAGGAACCCCGAUCGCUGGAUAUGAGCAGAGGAGUAGCAGUUUUCACCUGGAGCGGGAUUCGGGGGGGGCACACAGGAGGGCGAGGAGAUGUACUUGUUACACAUAUAAGGACAAGGAGUGUGUAUAUUACUGCCACCUGGACAUUAUCUGGAUUAACACACCAGAGAGAAUUGUGCCAUAUGGACUCUCCAAUAACAGAGGGAAAAGAUCACUUAAGGAAACGUGGAUCCACUCGCAGGCGAUGCCCCGGUGCUCCUGUGACCAUGUCAGCGACCAACAUUGUGCAACUUUCUGCAGUCGAAGGAUCUCAGAAAGGGAGCCGCAAGACCGGAUAUUACAGCGACAGGACUAUGUUCAGUGAGCGCCUACGGAGUGACGCCUACAGCACAAGGUUUGAAGAUGUCGUUUUGGAUAAAUUAGGAGAUUCUCCUGACUAAUGAAGCUGCACGGCUGUUGUAGGCUGACAUUUCCACAAUGCCCCAGGUAUUGGCUGAUGAAGGCUGACUUAUUGUAAAGACCCUUACCUCACACACAGUAUUGUGAAUGGACUGCUGACAUCUCCCCUGGGGCGACAUGAAUGGAGGAAAAAAAACAAACAAACCAAUCAACCAUGACAAGCCCGGUCACUUUCUAACAGCAUCUGUAUAUUCUAACCCCGCCAGCUUUAGGUCCAUUACAAAGCCUUGCAUUGGAGAAAUAUAUAUAUUAUUUAAUGCAACUAUGUAUCCAUCUCAUGUUCUCUGAAAUGCUAUAUGUUAACACCUCCAAGGAGCUUAUUAUGCACAGGCUUGGCUAGGUCUUUAUGGGACUCUCUCCGAUGUGAAAGAAAAAGAUGGCUUCAAUGAACGGGUUUCAGAUUUAAACAUGGAUAUUAAUCACUGGCCAACAGGCGAGACACAGACACAGGAUGGAAUGUCACGGAGAAUAGCCAGCAGGUGUGAUCUGUGCCAAGACCUCCAACAUGCUUAAACUGAACCACCUACUAUCAUUGUUCACCUCCAGGGGAUUGGCUUCGACCGAGUAUUUGUUGGGACUUCAUCACACGUCAACGGGGAGCUUUGCUUCUACGCAGAGGGUCAAUAUUCUAUUUUUAUGGAAGACGCUCCGAUAAGAUGUUUUAUGAAGACUAUUAAACUGUACAAUAUAGAAAAUAUUACGGUCUGGAAAUUAAUACUCUAAGAUCUGUUAUGCUUAAAUGCAAAUACCACUUAUAGAUAUAACUAUAUAUUUAUAUAAAUAUAUUAUCCAAACAAGCUAGGCGCUCAGUGUGCAAAAAUAAUAUAUCUGCAAACUCGACUUGGCGCAUCCACUGGCUGUAAAUCCAGGUAUCGGGGGGGUGGGGGGGAAACGAGCACUUAGGGGGGUUUUAAUAAAUGGAGCUCUGCAAGACUAGAAAAAAGAAUCCUGUAUUUCCAGUGUGUACACAGAAUGUUGGCAUUUUAUUUUUAUUACAUUCAAUAUACUCAGUCCAGCUGAAAGUCUUUAUCCGAUAGUAAGUACAGUGUGGGGGGUCUGUGCUUCCUGCCAUGAGAGCAGCAGGAGUGGAGGGUCUCACAGGAUCCCAUGCUGCAUUCAGCAACACGGACAAAUAAAAUGACACUAAAAUUGAACAUAUUGCUUCAUCGAAAGGUGUGCGGCGUUGAGUCCAAAAGCAAUGGGUGACAGUCUGCCCUUGGUUUUUGUUUUGGUUUUGUUAAUGUUCUAGUAACCCCCCUUUAAAAUAAAUAUAUUUUUCUCACAUUA